GUUAGCGGUGCUCUCCCGGGAUUACUUAUAAAAAAGUUUUACACAUUUGAAUUUCACUCAUCUGUGGCUCUACCAGCAAUUCCGCCUUGGUUGUUUCAUAACCCUGUGAUAGAUCUACGAGUUGCGAAGUUAUUGAGUAAUCUGGGGAAGAAUGUCUCAAUUGAACUAAUAGUUCAGCAGUACAUCAUUCGAGAAUAUGAUGAUGCGCUGCAGGUAUUUACGGACGGCUCUAAAGACCCAGAAUCUGAAAGGGCUGCAGCAGCAGUAUAUAUCCCUGCUUUUGAGAAAAAGAUCGCAAAAAGACUUUCAGAUCAGGUGUCUGUUUUUGCUACAGAACUUUUAGCAAUCAUACUAGCCCUACAGUGGAUAGAAGAAGUGGAACCGGAAAGAACGGUGAUCUGCAGUGACUCGAUGGCAGCCCUCACUAGUUUAAGAAGUGGUAAAUCCGAAUCUAGGCAAGACUUAAUAUUAGAGAUUUUACAAAGUCUGUUUAGAAUUAGGCAGCUAAGGGUGGAGGUAAAUUUUCUGUGGGUACCUGCUCAUGUUGGUGUGGGUGGUAAUGAAAUGGUGGACAUGCUAGCGAAGAACGCACUGAAUCAUUCCCUGAUAGACAUCAAUGUAGCGUUGAGCAGAGCUGAAUUCAAGGCAGUGAUCUCAUCUAAAGUGGGUAAAAGAUGGCAGGAAGUAUGGAACAGUGGGACUAAUGGAAGACAUCUUUUCCUGAUCCAGGAGACUGUUGGGAAAGAGAGGAAACGAUUGGGAAAUAGGAGGAAGGAUGUUAUCGUCACACGGCUAAGAAUUGGACACGCUGCAUUAAACAGUGAUCUCUUUAGAAUAGUGUUCGCUCCACACUCCAGAUCAGUAGGUGGCGGUAAUGCACCUUUCGUUGGUCUGCCAAACCGCCAUAAAACACCACGAGAAGAAGAAGAAGAAUUUCACUCAUAACAUGUUCAAAUGUUAUUGUUAAGUGUUAUUAAUGUAAUAUGUAAAGUGAUUGUGGAUGGAUGGGGAGGAUUAAACGACUUAUUUGAGAAAUAUAGCGAGCCGGAUAAGCAUGUGCUUUGGCCAGGUUUAGUAAUGCUAGUGAGCUAAUGGCUGCAAUUUGAUUUGUGCAGGUGGUAAAGCUGACCAAGCAGCUACGUUUAUUUUGUUUCUUUCUGUAUCCCAUCCAGUAUUGUUGAGUGUUGGUGACAAUAAACUCUCCAGUACUGCUGCAACAAAGUUGUAAAGACUCGUCAUUCCACAACACAACGCAGAGAACACAAGCACCGGUCAGAAUCGAACGUGACCGGUUACAUAUACACGCGCUUCUACACUCAGACCGGUAGGUGGCGGAAAAGUGUGUCGCCCUUAGGUCAAAGAAGAAGAAACACAAGCCGACAACAAGGGAUAAAAAGCAGCAGAAGAAGUAUAGCAUUUAUUGAAACUGUGUUAUUUUUAGCGAUUUCUAUUUCGUCAUGAUUCAGUGGUAAUUGAUUGAAUAAUUUAUCUUUUAUUGCUUUUGUGUCACGAUCCGUAAUGAGAGAUAGCCCAAAUACAGUGGUGGAGUUUAAAGAAUCUGUAGGGAUUUUUUUCCGGAAGUGCAGUUAAUGUUUUUUUUUUUUUUUUUAAGAGGACCUUAUAAAAUGUGUAAUUGCAUGGAAAAUUGUUGUUUAUACUUCAUCUCUCUAAGCGGUUGAUUCAGCGAAGUCCUUAGCGCACAUACUGAAGCUUACAAUUGCGUGAUUGGUCAGGAACCUGCCAGACCCUCCGAAGAUGUUCGGCUUCUCUCGGCUCUCAGCUGAAGGGAAAGUGGGCGUGGCCACGGGGGUGGUAUUUUUCUCCAUACUCAUAUCCCGGACCGUGCUGUCGGAGCGCGUGGACGUGGGAACGCGCGCGAGCUUGUUCCGCGUGCAGUUCGUUCUGUUCGUGAACUCCCUGCUGCUGCUCGGCUCGCUCUACAUCUGGAAGCGCGUGGUGACCCGGCUGUGCGGCGCGAGACACCUGGAGCCCGCGAGCACCUGGACGCACAGAUGUUGGCGCGCGGCAGUGCUGCUGUUCCUCGCGCUCGCCCACUGCAGCUACCUGAGCAUGUUUUACCUGGUGGACACGGAACCGCAUUGGUUGUCAAUGCUGAGCUUCAGCUGCCUCGGUAUGUACGUCAUCCUGCUGUUCUUGCUCGUGCUGUUCGGAUGCGCCAGCCGCGUGCUCCAGAUGUUCUCCAAGGGUUCCGCGGUGACGGUGAGCGACUCAUCCAGGCAAACGGUUCUCGCGUUAAUGAUGACCGCACUGCUGGCCAUGUACGGGCUGUUCAACGCCGCACAGCCACCGCGGGUGGUGGAGGUGGAGGUUCCUCUGGAGAAACUUCCGACUUCCAUGGACGGCCUCAAGCUGGUUCUGCUCUCAGAUAUCCACUUAGGACCAACAGUUGGGCGGUCACAGCUACAUCGCAUUGUCACCAUGGUCAACCAGCUCGAACCAGAUGUGGUGGUGAUCGUAGGUGAUUUGACUGACUCUCAGGUGACCCGUUUAAGGACCGCUGCAGAACCACUGGGUCUCCUCAAACCUCGGCUUGGCUCAUACUUCGCAACAGGGAACCAUGAGUACUACACUGCUGAUGUGGACAGCUGGUUUGAGUUCCUGCGCUCAAAGGGGAUAGAACCUCUUCACAACAGCAAUGCUCGAGUGUCUAGACCAGGACAAACACAGGACUGGAUCUGUCUCGCUGGCAUUGAUGACCUGGAAGCAAGCAUUCUGCGGUAUCCUGGUCAUGGGAUGGAUGUUCAGAAAGCUCUGAGCGAUUGCAGUGAAAAAUAUCCGAUUGUUCUCUUGGCUCAUCAACCUCACGCUGCUAAACAAGCGCUCCAGCAAAGACCAGACAUCAACUUAGUGUUGUCAGGUCACACUCAUGCUGGUCAGUUUUUUCCUCUCACUAUCCUGGCGUUCCUGGUGAAUCCCUACUUCUGUGGACUUUACAGCAUCUCGGAGCACACAAGCAUUUACGUUACUCCAGGGACUGUUUAUUACGGCAUUCCCAUGAGAAUCGGCAGCCAUGCAGAGAUCACACAGAUCACACUAAAGUCUGCCUGAGUGUAUGAAUGUGUACUCGCACACGUCUGAUUGUAUGCUAGAGGAUACCACUAACUAACAGCAAUUUGUCACGGUUUUUAUGCAUCACAAACCAUAUAUCUCCACAUCACAUUUUUUAAUUAAUUCCUAAAUUCACACUAGCAAGUGAGACAGCUAAAGGUGAUCGUUUAUUUUCCAUGAAAUGCCAUAAAAGAAACAUGGUUUCACCCUAUAUUGCAUAUAAGCUCUCAUUAAAUGUGUAUAAAGACACUGCGAAGAAAAAUGUAAGUUCGGAAGAAAGUUUGCUGGUGUCUUUGUUGAGGGGACAUCGAGUACAGUUCACUUGCUUUGAUAAUCCAUUCUGAGAACAAACCUAGCUUGAAGUUCAAUUUCUUUUUUUAAGUGCAUAAAUUGUACAGCGGAUGUAUUAUUUGCUCUUAGAACAAAAUACAUAUUUAUAUGUGAGUGUUAAAAGACAGGCAAUGCUCACAAUCCAAAACAGGAGAACCACACUAAGAGUCAAUUGAUAACGUAAAUAUACGUGAACAAGGAAGCUCAUUGGUAGAGCAGGUAGUGUUACUGCCUCCGAUCCUGAGUUUUAAUUUCCACUGAUGUUCUUGCUGCGUUUUUUACUUCCAAAAAAAUGCCAUAUGCCUUAAUGCUUAAAUUAACUGCAGGUGUAAAUGCGUGUACUUGUGGUGAACUCACAGCCCACCUGUGAUGAUUUUCCACCUCACACCCAGAUGAAGUGGAUUAAUAUUCUUCCUGGUCCUGUUAGUUCUUUUUAUCAUUAGUUGAACAUCCGAUUUGGGACUGUUUGCCUUUUAUCCAGGCUUGGGAUCGGUGCAGAGAUCACUGCACAGGCUUAUGCGACCCCAGUGGAUUGUUUGGGUUUUAGUUUUUUCCUAAGAAUUUAAUUCAUACAAUAUAUGGUGAGAGUUAAGGACCCAUAGCUGCUAACCCACCAGAGAAAUACGGCUGAGUUACUGAAAUCUACUGAAAAUAAGUGAAUGGGUAGAAUAGAUUUAGGAUACACAUUUUCCUAAAUGUAUCCCUUUGUUUGUAUGUAACAUUCCAGUUGUGCUAGAAUGCGCCUUGAUCUUUUUUGGGUUGACAUUUGUGCAUUACACAAUUGUUUUCCCAAAUCAGAUACCGACUCUAAAGCACACAAAUGAUGUUAAACGCACAGGACUAAUUUAACUUGACUCAGGCUUUUUAGUAUAUAGGAUUAUUUAAUUGUCAUUGUUUUGAUUAUUGCUGACUAAUUAAAUUAUAUUCAUAUGAAGGAACCAUGAACAAACAGCAAGCAUCAGAGAAUAGAAACCUUCGAAUGUGUCUCAGUAACAGUAGUUUGGUGAUGCUGUAGAAGCUCUUGAAUAAAAUCUGGACAAAAUUCUUAAACAGCGUGUAUGAUUGUGCUAGUUCUGUUAGAUUAUACGAUGGCGAACCUCGAGAGCUGCAAUUAAGGAGAAUUAUUGUUCUUUAGAACGCUUACUGUGAUUUUUGCCAGUUUUGUUUACAUUUCUUUGUCAUGUUAGGAUGUAGGAUUUUUGUUGUCCAUUUCUGUUCACAGGAGCACGUUAUGACUUUAAAAUGGCUGAUGGAACCAAAUCAUUUUUAUAGUUUUGGUUUAUAAUUUGCACUCAAAGUUCAAGUUGGUUAAAAGCUCAGUGGCUUAUAAAUAUGUAUGCAAAUAGGUAUAACUUUACCGCAUGUUAGCCAGCUGGCUAAAAUCUUUAUUAAAUGUUAUUGAUAUUUUUUAAUUUGUUAUACUUUAAGGAAGUUUGGCAAGAAGCUAUUGAUUGCAUUUUUGUAAAUAGCGUUUUGUUUUUCUAUGCUUUUUUUUGAAUAUAAAAUUAAAACCUUAUUACCUGUG